AUGUCUGACAUCCCGACAGGUAGGAAAAUAUCAUCUUUUUAUAUUUAUUCGAAUGAUGUUUCAGACAGUUACAAUCAACAAACGGUUGUUCCGGAACAUGAAACUCCACUCGUACCCUUUUCCAAUUCUAUGUUGGUUGAAAAAGAUGGAAUUGUUUUGAAGAGGUAAAUUCAGAGCGGUCAACAAUAAAUUUUCAUUUGCCGAACCUAACAGCCCCAGUCGCGGAAGUCCCAAUUUCAGUAACCCCUCCACACCCAAGCGUGCCAAUUUUGGGUGAGUUUUUGUUUCGGUUCAAUUUUUGGUUCACUGAGAUUUCGAAAGUGUAAUUGCAAAAGCGAAUUUUUCAGAAGAAAUCUCUUAUCGGGAAGCAUCCAUUCAAGAACACAUUGGCGGGAACCGGAAGACCAACGUUUUAAAACUGUCGUCCGCGACCCUCCUGGGUGAGAUAUCACAAUAAUAUCUUUUUGUUUAAAGUAUAGGAUUGCCAUACAAAGUUUUCGAACUAUCAAAAAACCAUUUGAAACAAUAUAUAUCGUUACCAAGACGGGAAUCAUACAAAGACAUGUGUAUUCUUUUGUUGCAAAAAAAAACUUCUUUUUAAAUGGAGACAAAAAUAUUUUAUUGUCUCAAAUCAGUGGUUAUCAAACAAAAUCUUCUACUUGAGCCUACUGAUCAUAAUCUAUAGUUGAUUCACGGCCAGCUUGGGACUCUAAAAGGGCGUGUCCUGUCUUCGCUCUCCACGAGCCAGGCGCUAUCUCGUGCAUUAUCGUGUCAGGACCCGUUUCUCGAUGGCUCAAGCCACCCGUGAAUAAGCUAUAUGACUGCUGAUAUUUUUUUUUCGAAUGUCCAUCUCUCAAUGAAAUUUUUUUCAGAUACCGUGAAGAUUGGGAUUUGAAGGAUGACGAUUUUGAUCUGUGGUCAACCUCUGAUACUUCUCGUAAAAGCUCACGGAGCGAGUGAGUUUUCUUGGUAAAUGUGAGAAAAAAAAAUUGUUUUCAAGGUUUCGACAGAAACAAGACGGGUAUUCUAGCGAUGAGAACGAAUCAGAAGAAAGCGGUCUAAGAGUGAGACGAGACCCUUUUCCUAUUUGAAAAAUAAAUAAUUUCAGACCGAAACAGAUGAAUUCAACUCCUCUCUCAAGGCUCCUUCGAGAGGAAGGAUCGCAAACAUUCGUCGAGAAAGUAACUGCUCAGCAGAUUGUGAAGUGAGUUUUUCUGUUAUUUGUUCUUGAUGAAAAAUGAUUUUUACAGGUUGCGUACGAACGACUGGUCAGCUCCUCCCAAAAGGUGUCGACCGGAUUUGACGAUAUUGUCGUUGUUUCGGAGCACCCUGUCACGGUUUGCAGUGAAUAUACUGGUUCUGACUUCGAUCACAUUGCUUCAGGUGCCGCCGAGCGCUUCGGAUUCGGCUCGCAAGAAGAACACCGCGCCCAGCGUUGGAGAACCCAUUUCCAUCCUGACCAACGUUUUUCUGGCUCAGAGCUGCUCGCCAAGUCCUACCCGUUCACUCGAAAACUUCAAGGUUUGAUCGAAAAAAAAAAAUGAAGAUUGAAAGUUUGAUCGAGUUUUGCUGCGCCUUGAGUCACAAUCUUUAGAAAACAAUCAUACACCAGAUAAACUACUGAUUCGUUUGCGCUUCGUUUUUUUCAAUGCAGAACAAAUUUUCUAAAUUAUGCAAUUUAUGGUACAAAAAAAAAUGUCAACAAUGAAAAAGAUUUUCCCGUUGGCUCUGAAAUUUUUUGCUUCAAAGCAUUCUACAAAAAAAGCCUAAUGAAAAUUAUGUACCGUUUUAGAAACGGUUGAAGCUGCUUUUUCAAACUUCUAGCCACGGCAUGAUAAUUAUACGACUUCAUCAAGUAAAAAAAAUUUCAGCAAUGUUAUUCCCCAUCGACGCAACAAAUGGUCCGACCCAACAUCCCUUAUUCUCCUAGUCCUCAAUCGAGUCCAACGAAUAGCCCAAGCGCAGCACAUCGAUUGACCCUUGGGUACUCGAAAUAUCGACAAAAAAAAAAUAAAAGAUUUACAGAGUCCCUGGCAGUCGAGCCCCAAUAAAAGUCCGGAAUACUUUAAAACGGAAACUGACGAGUCUUGAGGCUGAGGUUGAAGCUAAGAAGUUGUUUGCUCCCAAGGGAAGCUCCUCGCCUCUUGUAAUGGACUCUCCAGGCGAUUUUUCUAUAUUCAACCCUCUGCGGAGAAACGUUUGGUACGUGCCUGCUGCGACAGUAGCUGGACAUGAAAAGGUAACUGUUAUGAACUGUUAAAAAAUUUUCGAUUCCUUGAGCGAAAAAGUUCUGUAACUAUAAAAAAAUGUGAAAUUUAAUGAAUGAGGUCAGAAAAAAAUAUUUUUAAAUAUUCUGGAAAAACAUUUUUUUCCAUUUGAAAAAAAGUUUCAGCCUUACGAAUGUGGCUCAUGAAGUUAGUUUCUAUUGAAUAUUCAUUGAGUCGUUUUGUUUUAGGCAAAAAACAUGGAUAUUACAACGAAUACAUUCGGAACCUCUGAACGAAAUGGCAGUGGUCUGAUGGAACACGACGGUAGAAGUCGCGAUACUUGUUGCAAGUGCAAAAAGAAAAGAGACCGAUCUGCUCCCGCACGGUUGAACGCAACUGAAAUUACGGUAAGAAGGAAAAUGGCAUAAGUUGAAAGUGCAAUGGGAUUUUCAGUAUCCACUUGAGGCUCUUCAAAAUUCUUUCAUUCGUCAUCAAUCCGAGCCGCCAAUGCUAGUACCUUUUAGCGAAGAAUGGAAAAAGCAGUAUAGGGAGAUGGUGAGUAAGAAAUUUCAGCAAGAAAGCAACAGGAAAAAUCUGCAAAAAUCUUUACUCAUGUAUAUAAUUCAUGUGGGUAGUCAUUGCGGUGCGUUCCGACGUCAUUUCGAUAAAGAAACGCCUUCUUGGAAAUCAUUUUCAGAAAUCUUAUAUGAAAUACUUGAGCAAGUUUUUCAAAUUCAUUUGAUGUGAAUAAUUAAUAUUUUAAAACGAGGAACAUAACGAAAAUCAAAAAAAUGCAAGCAUUUUACUGAUCGGCUUUGAAGCGAAAGCGUUCCACAUGAACUGCAAAGACGGCGAUCGGCAUUUCAAACCUAAAAAGUGAACUGUGUUAGUUCAAAUUUGCUUUCCGGUAUACGCAAUAUUUGAAGGCCUGAAAAAAAUGGUUAGCUUAGAAAGAGAGGAAAUAAUCUCUGCAAUAGAAAAAUAUCUGAAAAAUAUUAGAAAAAAUUUGUGUAUCAAAGUUUACACUUAAAGACCCCCAAUGUCAAGUUUCAAAGUCAUGAUUGAACUAACCUUCUUUCUGCGAUAUCUUUGCUGAAUUUUCAACUUUCAGCGGGUUCCCCGUGUCGAGCCCCCAGAUGAACCGGGAAUGUUUACUUCGGCCUGCUACUAUGUCGCUAACUCGCCGCUCCUGCCAUCUUGUGAACUCCCGCUCUGCGCUCUCUGUGAAGCGUCGGAAAGGGCUGCGCUGGAAAAAAUGGGAGUUCAAGUGAAGCCGAAUUUCUUCUCCGACGACCCGACCAUCGACUAUUCUGAUUUUUCCAAUGCAAUGCCUGCGGAAUACAAGCAAUGGAAGGAUUUUCACUCACGAAAAAUGAUAAUUGGGCCUAGACCAGCUUUUCAAAUCGAAGACAAGAACAUGCAGAACGAAGAUGAAUGCAUCUAA